CCUGGAGAACGUGAAUGGUUGGUGAGCCGCGUCGUGCGUUUUGGUGCGGUGAUGUCCUCGGGGGCGCACGGUGCGUAAAGACAAGCUCCGCCGCAGAAAAUGUGGGAAUUGCGCUUUUUACGAAUUCACUGCUCAUUUUCCUCCUAGAGACAGAGAGCAGAAAGAGAGAGUCACGGGACAAUCAUCUAUUUUUAACACCCAGCAACUACCCAAACACGCCGAUGCCCAGAAGAUGGACCCUCUCUACAACGGCACCGAUGUUAACGCCACCAACGAGACAAACGUGUCCGUGAACGGCAGCGACGGCUUCAACCAGUUCAUCCAGCCGGUGUGGCAGAUCACACUCUGGGCUGUCGCCUACUGCAGCAUCGUUGCGGUGUCUGUGGUUGGUAACAUGGUGGUCAUCUGGAUUAUUCUGGCGCACAAACGCAUGAGGACGGUCACCAAUUACUUUCUGGUGAACCUGGCCUUUGCUGAAGCCGGGAUGUCAGCAUUCAACACAGUGAUCAACUUCACCUACGCCGUUCACAACGAGUGGUACUUUGGUUUGGUUUACUGCCGCUUCCACAACUUCUUCCCCAUCGCCGCCAUAUUUGCCAGCAUUUACUCCAUGACGGCCAUAGCUCUGGACAGAUACAUGGCGAUCAUCCAUCCCCUGCAGCAGAGGCUGACGUCCACAGAGACCCGUGUGGUGAUCUUUGUGAUCUGGAUGCUGGCUCUGCUUCUAGCCUUCCCUCAGUACUACUACUCAGAAACUGCCCUGCUGCCUGGACGCACAGUCUGCUACAUAGACUGGCCCGAAUACACCACUGUGGACUUUAAGAAGAUAUACUACGUGUGCGUGACACUGCUGAUCUACUUCCUGCCCCUUUGCAUUAUGGGAUGUGCGUACACGACUGUGGGCGUCACCCUCUGGGCGAGUGAGAUCCCCGGGGACUCCUCUGACCACUACAAAGAACAGCUCAUCGCUAAACGCAAGGUGGUGAAGAUGAUGAUCGUGGUUGUGUGUACGUUCGCUGUCUGCUGGCUGCCCUACCACGUCUACUUCUUGCUGCACCAGUUCUUCCCAGAUCUGUUCGAGCAGCGCUACAUCCAACAGGUCUACCUGGCGAUCAUGUGGCUGGCCAUGAGCUCCACCAUGUACAACCCAAUCAUCUACUACUGCCUCAACAGCAGGUUCAGAGCAGGUUUCCAGCAGGUGUUUUGCUGCUGCGCUCCCACAGUCGCCAAGGAGGAGCUAGAGCUCAAAUCACCGCGCUACCUGCAGACACAGGUGAGCAUAUAUCGAGCCAGUCGGAUGGAGACCGUUGUGUCCACUGCAGUUCAUCCUGCAGCGACGGAGCACAGGAGGGCCCAGCUGCCGUCCUGCGUCCCUCACGGCCAGCCUCGUGCGGAGGUCACGUCCAACGGCUCAGGCUCGGAGACGUUAACCAAGAGCCCCAACAAUACUUCGCAGUAGAGUAAACACCAUCAGGUGGCGCGGGAACAAAGUGUUGAUGGGCGAAGAGCAGCCUGCUGUCGGCUCGCUCUCACUGUAGUGAAGAGGAAGUCGUGCUCAGGCGCUCAGUUGUUCCAGUCGAGUGCAUUAUUUAGCCUGUGAUUUGUUGUUCUAGCCAGACAAGUGCAUUAAUACCUAACGGAUGCCUACAUCGUCUGUGGGAGACUGAAAACCGGUGGUGGAAAGCAACAACUUAAGUACAUUUACACAAGUACUGUACUUGCAGGUACUUCAAGUACAAGUAUUUACAUUUUAUGCCAUUUUGUGCUUCUACUUCUACAUUUUGGAAGGGAAAUAUUGUACUUUUUACUUCACUACAUUUAUCUGACCGCUAUCAUACACACCUGUUAAAAAAAGCAGUGUCUUGUAAUUUAAAUAAUUUAGUCACAUGAUCAAUCAGCAACUCUGGUUUGGUGGAAAUAAAUCCUUAAUUCACCGACGUAGAUGAUAAAAACAGCAGUUUCAGUCAGAGCAGACCGGCUAUGGAAACAAACCACAGAAGCUGUGAUACAACACAGGCAGAGGGAGGGUAGUUGUUUGCUGCUAUAUUAAUGUUUGUAUAUUUUGCAGAUAAUACGUACAUACUUUUACUUAAAUACACUUUUAAAUGCAGAACUUUUACUUGUUUUUUUUACAUUGUUGUAUUUUUACUUAAAAAAACUCUCAUUUUGUGCUGAUUCUGGCGACCCCUGUGGACAAAAGCAGUAGUUUUUCUACCGCCUUGUUUCAUUGAUUUCAAGGGGAAUCCGACCCAGUGGCAGGCGUUAAGAAUAACUAUAGAAAUAUCUGAUCUUCUCACUGUUGGUCUGUUUUUAUAGGUCAUACAGAGGCAUCAGUGUUAAACACUGUUUGAUAACCAGUCAAAAACUCCUUGUUGUACAUUUGAGUAAAGCUUUUCAGUACUUCGUCCACCACUGGUGAAAACAUACAAUCGUGUCUGAACUGUUGGAACCUCAGAGGCCUGACACACGCAGUAGAAACGCUACAGUCCACCUCACACUGGUCCAUUUCAUCAUUCAGCGUGUGUGGGCUCCAACACUCGACCUCCAGCAUUCCCCGGCUGGUUUUGGAAAGCGUGACCCUUCGGCCUCCCCUGGCAACAGUGUCACGCCGAGUGGAGUUUGUGACGCUGUUGUUUGUGUGGAAACAGGCAGACAGAUUCAGUGUGUGUGUGUGUGUGUGUGUGUGUGUGUGUGUGUGUGUGUGUGUGUGUGUGUGUAUGGGGGGGGAUCUAGCACCUGUUGGACAGGAUUAGCCCCUUGUUUUGACAAUGUGUAGAGCAGGGUUCAGUCUGCAGCAGGCAGGUCACAGGGCAGCUAUAUAUAGAGGAUGGGACCGGGAAAUGGAGACACAUAUAGAGGGAUUGAUAGAGAAAAGAGCUGGGGACUGGGGGAAGUGGGAAGACCAGGGUAUGUCACUGGUGAGGAAUGAUGCUAUUUGAGCCUCGCAGACAACAGCUGCACUAAUUCAGUCAAACAACAGUUUACUGGGCCGGUUUACCUGUUUAACAGCUUGUCAUGUGAGUGCAUUCAGAAUGUGUGAGGACCAAACAUUAUCACGUGGUACACGGACAUUUAGACAGACAUAGUACGUUAAAUGCAGAAGGCCAGGAUGUCCUGCAGGAUGCUUUUUCUGGCUGUUCUGACCCACAAUCCUCAGCGAAAGAUACAGAUGACAUUCGUGUAUUCAAGUGUAAAAAUAUAGUUAAAGAUUGCGUGCAACGAACUGCAACUAAUGUAUGAGCAAGAGGGUCAAAGACAGUUGAGCAAACCUCGGUCAACUUCCUGCUUUCCUGUAUUGAUAUGCUAUAUGCUAUGCUAAUCUUCCCUUUUUUAGGAAGGGUCAGUUGUGGAUAUAUUACACGCAGCAGUACGUACUUUGUAUUUGCAACUGCAGUAAAUACUAAAAGUAAAAUGUAUGUAUGUGAAUUGAAACGCAGCUUCAGUCUUUUAACUUCCUGUCCAUACAGGAAGUGUGGAUGUUUUGUGUUGUGUACGUCGACAGCUUUGAUCUGAUGUCUGAUCAGUUUUAUAAUCUAACGUCCAGCUGAAGGAGCAACGGAGCUGCAGGAACAUGAGAGACAGUUCUCCUGCACAGCUCUGGGAUCAGCUGCUCAUCUUACUGUUAUAAUAAUAGUUGUGGUGAUUUAUAACAAUGUCACAACACAAGUUCUCUGAUUCAACAUUCAAAACAUGUGUAAACAUCUGGUUAGCUACACUAAACAGUCUGGUUCUCUGUGACUGGCUUAUUAUUGUGUAAAAAGCUGAUUAUUCCAAAUUAUAUUAUCAAUAAAAUAUAUAUAAUAUCACAUA